AUGGCUGGUGAUGCAGAAACACAAAUGUCUGAAGAUUCAAGCACCAAACGCCAUGGUGGAGGUUGGAUCACCUUCCCGUUCAUGAUAGCUACGUUGUUAGGCCUGACAAUAGCUGCGUGGGGUUGGUUACUAAACUUGAUCGUCUACCUGAUUGAGGAAUUCAACGUGAAGAGCAUCGCAGCAGCUCAAAUUGCCAACAUCGUAAGUGGCUGUAUCUGUAUGGUUCCAGCCCUUGGAGCCAUUGCUGCUGACUCUUUCUUUGGAACCAUCCCUGUUAUCUCAGUUUCUGCUUUCAUUUCCCUUAUGGGCGUAGCUCUGUUGACUCUAACAGCUGCGCUUGACUCUUUGAGACCCAACCCCUGUGAGACAGCGUCAACCCUAUGCCAAUCACCUUCGAAAAUCCAGCUAGGUGUCCUUUAUACGGCCAUAACUCUAGCCUCUAUAGGAACAGGUGGGACACGGUUCACUUUAGCAACUGCUGGUGCGAACCAGUAUGAAAAAACUAAAGACCAAGGCAGCUUUUUCAACUGGUUUUUCUUCACAACGUAUCUAGCCGGAGCUAUAAGUGCAACUGCUAUUGUGUACUCUGAAGACAACAUCAGCUGGACCUUUGGGUUUGGUCUGUGCGUAGCUGCUAAUUUCUUCAGCUUUUUGGUUUUCAUCUUGGGGAGAAGAUUCUACAAGCAUGACAAGCCCUUAGGAAGUCCCUUCACAAGUCUACUUCGCGUCAUUUUCGCCGCGGUACUCAAAAGAAAAGCUGUUGUUUCCACCAACGAAAAGGACUACCACAGUGAAUCACUCGCAAUGCCCACAAAGAGUUUGAGGUUCUUUAACCGUGCAGCGUUAAAAGAAGAACACGAGGUUAAACGAGAUGGCACAGUUCAAAAUCCAUGGAGAAUAUGCAGCGUCCAACAAGUGGAAGAUUUCAAAGCAGUCAUUAGAAUCAUCCCUCUUGCGUUAGCCACCAUAUUCUUGAGCACCCCAAUCGCCAUGCAGCUAAGCUUAACAGUUCUUCAAGGUCUAGUGAUGGACCGGAGCCUUGGUCCUAACUUUAAAAUCCCUGCAGGCUCUCUCCAAGUCGUAACACUUCUCUCCACUUGCCUAUUUAUCGUAGUCAACGAUCGGUUUCUCUACCCAUUUUACCAAAAGCUUACGGGGAAGUUUCUCACACCGCUCCAACGAGUUGGGAUAGGCCAUGUUUUCAACAUUCUAAGCAUGGCUGUGACUGCCAUAGUUGAAGCAAAGCGAUUGAAGAUAGUAGAGAAUGGUCAUUUCCUAGAAUCAUCUUCUAUAGCUGACAUGUCUGUCUUAUGGCUAUUCCCUCCUCUAGUCAUAGUAGGAAUCGGAGAGGCUUUCCAUUUCCCAGGGAAUGUGGCUCUGUGCUAUCAAGAGUUCCCAGAGUCUAUGAGGAGCACCGCAACGUCGAUUACAUCGGUGGUGAUUGGGAUAUGCUUUUACACAAGCACUGCUCUGAUUGAUUUGAUUCAGAGGACCAGUUCGUGGUUACCAGAUGACAUAAAUCAUGGAAGAGUUGACAAUGUAUACUGGGUGUUAGUCAUUGGAGGAGUCUUGAAUCUCGGCUAUUUCCUUGUGUGUUCUUGGCUUUACAAAUACAGAAACCUCGAGGAUGAUGAUCAUGAAAAAGAUGAUGUCGUCUCUCCUUCGUGA